GCGCGCUCCCGGGCCGCGGGCGUCAGCGCGUCACGUGACCCAGGUACUUGGCACCGCGCGCCGCGCACCCCGGGGCGCGCAGCCCCCCUCAUCUGCUGAGUGCGGACCCCGCUGCCCCGCCGACCCCCGCCGGCCCGAAUGAGCCAGCUGAGGUUGCUCUCCACCCGGCUCGGGGCCCAGGCUGUGCGCCUCCUCGUUCCCCGUGAUGCCCAGGUGAGCAGCGGGCGCGGCAGGUCCUCGGGGCCCCCGGCCACCUUCCCGGGCAGCAGAGCUGGAGGCGGCUCCAGUUAUAUGGAGGAGAUGUACUUUGCCUGGCUGGAGAACCCCCAGAGCGUCCACAAGUCCUGGGACAGCUACUUCCGGAAAGCCAGCGAGGAGGCCUCUGGUGUGCCGGGUCAGCCACAAGCCCCGGCUGUCGUCUCUGAGAGCAGGCCCGUCAUCUCCAGACAGGCCCAAACCAGCAAGCUGGUGGAGGACCACCUGGCCGUGCAGUCCCUGAUCCGGGCCUACCAGAUUCGAGGCCACCAUGUCGCCCAGCUGGACCCCCUGGGCAUUCUGGAUGCAGACCUGGACUCUUUUGUGCCCUCGGACUUGAUAACUACUAUCGACAAACUGGCCUUCUAUGACCUGCGGGAGGCUGACCUGGAUAAGGAGUUCCAGCUGCCCACCACCACCUUCAUCGGGGGCGCGGACAGCACCCUCUCGCUGCGGGAGAUCAUCCGGCGCCUGGAGAACACCUACUGCCAGCACAUAGGCCUGGAGUUCAUGUUCAUCAAUGACGUGGAGCAGUGCCAGUGGAUCCGGCAGAAGUUCGAGACCCCCGGCGUGAUGCAGUUCUCCAGCGAGGAGAAGCGGACACUGCUGGCCCGGCUGGUGCGCUCCAUGAGGUUCGAAGACUUCCUGGCCCGGAAGUGGUCCUCAGAGAAGCGGUUCGGCCUGGAGGGCUGCGAGGUCAUGAUCCCUGCGCUCAAGACUAUUAUUGACAAGUCCAGUGAGAUGGGGAUUGAGAACGUCAUCCUGGGCAUGCCUCACAGGGGCAGGCUCAACGUGCUGGCCAAUGUGAUCCGCAAGGACCUGGAACAGAUCUUCUGCCAGUUUGACCCCAAGCUGGAGGCGGCGGAUGAGGGCUCUGGAGACGUCAAGUAUCACCUCGGCAUGUACCACGAGAGGAUCAACCGUGUCACCAACAGGAACAUCACGCUGUCGCUCGUGGCCAACCCCUCGCACCUGGAAGCCGUGGACCCGGUGGUUCAGGGGAAGACAAAGGCGGAGCAGUUCUACCGCGGGGACGCCCAGGGCAAGAAGGUCAUGUCCAUCUUGGUCCACGGGGAUGCCGCCUUUGCCGGCCAGGGUGUGGUCUACGAGACCUUCCACCUGAGUGACCUGCCCUCGUACACCACCAAUGGCACCGUGCACGUCGUCGUCAACAACCAGAUCGGCUUCACCACGGACCCCCGCAUGGCCCGCUCCUCGCCCUACCCCACCGACGUGGCGCGUGUGGUGAACGCGCCCAUCUUCCACGUGAACGCAGAUGACCCCGAGGCCGUGAUGUACGUGUGCAGUGUGGCGGCCGAGUGGAGGAACACCUUCAACAAAGACGUUGUGGUCGACCUGGUCUGUUACCGCCGACGCGGCCACAACGAGAUGGAUGAGCCCAUGUUCACGCAGCCGCUCAUGUACAAGCAGAUCCACAGGCAGGUGCCCGUGCUGAAGAAGUACGCAGACAAGCUCAUCGCCGAGGGCACCGUCACCCUGCAGGAGUUUGAGGAAGAAAUCGCUAAAUACGACCGGAUCUGUGAGGAGGCCUAUGGCAGGUCCAAGGACAAGAAGAUCCUGCAUAUCAAGCACUGGCUUGACUCGCCGUGGCCUGGCUUCUUCAACGUGGACGGGGAGCCCAAGAGCAUGACGUGCCCCUCCACCGGCAUCUCCGAGGACAUGCUCACGCACAUCGGCACCGUGGCCAGCUCUGUGCCCCUGGAGGACUUUAAGAUCCACACAGGCCUCUCCCGCAUCCUGCGAGGCCGUGCGGAUAUGACCAAGAACCGGAUGGUGGACUGGGCGCUGGCGGAGUACAUGGCCUUCGGCUCCCUGCUCAAGGAGGGCAUCCACGUGCGGCUCAGUGGGCAGGAUGUGGAGAGGGGCACGUUCAGCCACCGGCACCACGUUCUCCAUGACCAGGAAGUUGACCGGAGGACCUGUGUCCCCAUGAACCACCUGUGGCCAGACCAGGCACCCUACACUGUGUGCAACAGCUCCCUCUCGGAGUACGGAGUCCUGGGCUUUGAGCUGGGCUACGCCAUGGCCAGCCCCAACGCACUCGUGCUCUGGGAGGCCCAGUUUGGCGACUUCCACAACACGGCCCAGUGCAUCAUCGACCAGUUCAUCAGCACCGGCCAGGCCAAGUGGGUGCGGCACAACGGCAUUGUGCUGCUGCUACCCCACGGCAUGGAGGGCAUGGGCCCGGAGCAUUCCUCAGCACGGCCCGAGAGGUUUCUGCAGAUGAGCAAUGAUGAUUCGGAUGCGUAUCCGGCCUUCACUCAGGACUUUGAGGUACGCCAGCUCUACGACUGUAACUGGAUCGUUGUCAACUGCUCCACACCGGCCAGCUACUUCCAUGUUCUGCGCCGGCAAAUCCUGCUGCCCUUCCGCAAGCCACUGAUUGUCUUCACACCCAAAUCUCUGCUGAGACACCCAGAUGCCAAGUCCAGCUUUGACCAAAUGGUGUCUGGGACCAGCUUCCGGCGGGUGAUUCCCGAGGAUGGGCCUGCGGCACAGGCCCCGGACCAGGUGCGGCGGCUCAUCUUCUGCACAGGCAAGGUCUACUACGACCUGGUGAAGGAGCGGAGCAGCCAGGGUCUGGAGGCCCAGGUGGCCAUCACGCGCCUGGAGCAGAUCUCCCCGUUCCCCUUUGACCUGAUUAAGCAAGAGGCAGAGAAGUACUCAAGCGCGGAGCUGGUGUGGUGUCAGGAGGAGCACAAGAACAUGGGCUACUACGACUACAUCAGCCCACGCUUCAUGACCAUCCUGAGUCGGGCGCGCCCCAUAUGGUAUGUCGGCCGUGACCCAGCAGCUGCCCCGGCCACGGGAAACCGGAACACACACCUGGUAUCUCUGAAGAAGUUUCUGGAUACUGCCUUCAAUCUCCAGGCCUUUGAGGGCAAGACGUUUUAGAGCUGAGCAAGGCCUGUUGGGGUCUCGCCACAGGGCUGUCCGGGGACACUGGGGACUAGCUGGGGAGGGGCAGUUGGUCCUGCCUAGGAGAGGGGAGGUAGGUAAAAAACUUUAAUGCAGUGAUUGAGGCCAGAGAGUAGGCACUCUUGGCUUUGGGGUCACACCCCCUCGGGCCUUCUUCUUUAGUUCAGAAUCUUUUAGGACCAAGCAAGCAGGAGGAUCUUGAGAGACAAGGCCUAAUGGUUCUGGAGUGUUUUCUCCAGCCGUCCUGGCGUUUUUUUUGGGGGGGUGGGGUGGCCUCUCCCCAGGCGUCAGAGACUUUGUCUCUGGCCUGUCCCAUCCUGGCACUGCAGGCUAGUGUUUCCCCUGUCCUUGUCCAUCUGUCGAAUCGAAGAAUAUUCUCUUCCGUGCUCUUAGAAAUAGAGAUUUCAGCAAUAACAACCAGGUGAAGCAGAACCGCGCCCAGUGAUUUAUUUGUGCUCUGUUUUAUGGGGCGUGCCAUAAUGAGGUAUGUCGGCUCCUGUGUAAAAUACAGCCGCAGCUUGUGUGUACCAAAGUAGAAAACCAAAUAACAGAGAAAUAAAAGCAGUGCUCAUGAGA